AUGUCGGGCCGGAGCGGGAAGAAGAAAAUGUCCAAGCUGUCCCGUUCAGCCAGGGCCGGUGUCAUCUUCCCCGUGGGGAGGCUGAUGCGUUACCUGAAGAAAGGGACCUUCAAGUACCGGAUCAGCGUGGGUGCUCCCGUCUACAUGGCGGCAGUCAUCGAGUACCUGGCAGCGGAAAUUCUAGAACUGGCUGGGAAUGCUGCAAGGGACAACAAGAAGGCCCGGAUAGCUCCGAGACACAUCCUGCUGGCAGUGGCCAAUGACGAGGAGCUCAAUCAGCUGCUAAAAGGAGUGACCAUCGCCAGUGGAGGUGUCCUGCCCAGAAUUCAUCCUGAACUGCUGGCCAAAAAGCGAGGGACCAAAGGCAAGUCAGAAACUAUCCUCUCCCCUCCCCCAGAGAAAAGGGGAAGGAAGGCGACGUCAGGCAAGAAGGGAGGCAAGAAAUCCAAGGCUGCCAAGCCACGGACGUCCAAAAAGUCCAAACCAAAGGACAGCGACAAAGAAGGAACUUCAAAUUCCACCUCUGAAGAUGGGCCAGGGGAUGGAUUCACCAUUCUGUCUUCUAAGAGCCUUGUUCUAGGGCAGAAGCUGUCCCUGACUCAGAGUGACAUCAGCCAUAUUGGCUCCAUGAGAGUGGAGGGUAUUGUCCACCCAACCACAGCCGAAAUUGACCUCAAGGAAGAUAUAGGGAAGGCCUUGGAAAAGGCCGGCGGCAAAGAGUUCUUGGAAACAGUAAAGGAGCUUCGUAAAUCCCAAGGCCCUUUGGAAGUUGCUGAAGCCGCUGUCAGCCAAUCCAGCGGACUUGCCGCCAAAUUUGUCAUCCACUGUCACAUCCCUCAGUGGGGCUCCGACAAAUGUGAAGAACAGCUUGAAGAGACCAUCAAAAACUGCCUGUCGGCAGCAGAGGACAAGAAGCUCAAGUCCGUGGCGUUCCCACCAUUCCCCAGCGGCAGAAACUGCUUCCCCAAACAGACGGCCGCCCAGGUGACCCUCAAAGCCAUCUCGGCCCACUUUGACGACUCGAGCGCGUCCUCGCUGAAGAAUGUCUACUUCCUGCUCUUUGACAGUGAGAGCAUUGGCAUCUACGUGCAGGAGAUGGCCAAGCUCGACACCAAGUAG